UUCUAUUUUUCCUAUUCUUAUCUGUGGUUUUUAUUUUUCUCACUCAUUAUAUUUUUCGAAUAUAAAGAUCGCGUACACAAAAUUUAACAGGAAAAUUGACUGUUUCGUGUUUGUCUUGUUAAUUAUGGAAAUGUAGUGCCUUAUUGAACAACUACUGUUAUGGACUUUUUGCUGAGCUUAAUCUAACUUUGGUAAAUGAGGAUGAUCUCAUUGACGUGCUGACAUUAGCGACGUUCUUUUCGGCGAUUCUUGAUCGUUUUAUUAUUGACUAAGUCCAAUGACCUUGUAGCUGUAUUAAAAUCAUCAGAAGAAGUUAAAAUGAAGAAACAAUUCUACAGGGUGAAGCAACUCGCCGAUCAAACAUUUUCGAGGUCUGGUAAAGGGGAAGCUUUAACAGAUGAACUGCAAACUGCUGAUAGAAAAGUGGAACAUCUCCGAAAUGCCUUACACUUGAUAAGUAAGAGAUUGGCCACUUGUGCUGGCAACACCCAGGGCCAAGAUCCUGCUGCACGAGAGAAGAGACUAAAAAAGCUACCUGAAUAUUUGCUUGGCCUGUCUAUGUGUGAAGCCAGUAACUUUGAUGAUGAUGAUAGUAUUAUGAAGUAUAUCCUGUAUGAAUGUGGUAAAACAGAAAAAUUCCUAGCUAAUGAAAUAGCUGAACACGAGUUAAAAGUUGAACAGUUAGUUUGUGCACCAUUAGCAGCAAUCAGUGAUCAAGAUCUGCCUGCAAUUAUGAAGGCAAAGAAACAAUUAAGUCGCUUGAUCAGCGAGAAGGAAUCUGCAACUAGCAAAUAUCAUAAUCUAGAGCGUCAAAAAGAAGAGAAUCCAGCAAAAUUAAAUGCAGCAAGGGAAGAAUUGGAGGAGGCGGGAACGCGCGUGGAGGCAGCGCGGGACGCACUUGCUGCGGACAUGUUUGCUCUUGUUGCCAAAGAAGCACAGCUCGCACACACAUUGUUACAGUAUGUUAAACUGCAGAGGGCAUACCAUGAGUCCGCACUGCACUCUCUGCAAGAUACUGUCCCUGAAUUAGAAAGAUUUAUAAAUGAUAGCUCUGUGAAGCCAGUGUUCGGGUAUCCGCUGGAGGAGCACUUGCGUGUCACCAACCGCACGAUAGCCUUCCCCCUGGAGCUGUGCGUGUGCGCGCUGCACGAGCUUGCACUCAACGAGGAAGGACUCUUUAGGAUCGCCGGUGGUCUGUCGAAGGUGCGGCGCAUGAAGCUGUCGCUGGACGCGGGGCUGUUCAGCGUGCCGCUGCCGCGCGACUACCGCGACAUGCACGUGGUGGCCUCCGUGCUGAAGUCGUACCUGCGCGAGCUGCCCGAGCCGCUGCUCACCUACCGCCUCUACGACACCUUCGUCGGCGCCUCGCGACACCCGCACGAGCAGGCGCGCCUCAACGCCGUCUGGGACGCCGUACACCUCCUGCCCCCGCACAACUACCAAAACCUUAGGUAUCUCAUCAAAUUUUUGUCCGCCUUGACGCAAAAUCAAAGCACGAACAAAAUGACACCGUCCAACCUGGCGAUAGUGAUAGCGCCCAACCUGCUGUGGGCCGCCAACGAGAGCACCCUCGACAUGUACAUCACCAGCGCCGUCAACUGCGUCGUCGAGCUGCUCAUCAAACACGCCGACUGGUUCUUCCAAGACGAGAUCAACUUCUUCGUGACGUUCACCAAAGAGGAUCUGUUGCCGGAUCAGUGCGAGUACGGCUUCAGCCCCAACUUCGUCCACGGCUACAACCAGACCGCGGCGCUCGGGCAGGAGCACGCGAACGGCGACUACUCCAUGACCAGGUCCAUGUUCGACUACAACCACCAGCCCGACGGGCCCGGCCGCCACUCGCGCAGCAACAGUCACGACACUAGCCUUAUAUUAAUAGAUAACGAUAUCAAAAAAGCUCAGUCCAACAGCUCCCUGUCCGACCAAUCUAGUCCGCCGCACGGCAGUCCCAAACCGACCAUGAGACGGAAAAACAAGGCCCCGGUGCCUCCCAACUUCACGCCGGAUAAAAGUAAGCAAAAGGCGGAGGCACAGACGCAAAUAGUUGACGCUACAAAGGAACAACUGCCGGUCAAAGCAGAUAACGAGAAGCCCGCCAAGCCGCCGCGCCCCGUCAUCUCCGAGACCGGGAAAGUCAUCACCGGAGUGCAAACUAUCAACCGAUCGACGUACCGACAGAGCAAGGCGUUCAAGGACGAGGCGGCCAAGAGCGGCAGCCGCGAAAACUUAACCGACGUCCGCAGACAGAGCCUGGAACUCGAGAAGGAGAAAUUGGACAGUUUGAAACCGAUAGAAAAUCGAGAUAAGGAGUCCACGUUGGUCGUGAAAAACGUCACAGCUACUACUGGCGUAGUGGGUAGAAUGAAAGUGAUAGGCGACGUCAGCAGCGGCCCCGCCUCCCUCGGCGCGGAGAGCAAGGGCGGCUCCACCAGGAUACAGAUCACGGCCAAGCCGACGGGCCAGCCGCCGCCCCGGCCGGUGGCGGCGCCGCGCACCAUCCUGCCGGGCGGCGCGGCGGGCGAGGCGGAGGGCGGCGACGUGCAGCUGCGCCACAAGCCCGCGGUGCCCGAGCGGCCCGCCACGCUGCGUCCGCAGAGCUUCCGCGCGCGCACCUCCGCCGACAACGCGGACAUCGCGCCCACCGUCCUAGAGCGCACGCACAUAUACACGGUCGACAAGCAGCACCCUACCGUUAUACAGGUGGGCGGCGCGCACGUCGACCCCGCGCCCGAGGAGCCGACGCGCAACACCGUCCAAAGAACCCACAGCUCCGGCGGCAAGGACGCCGAGCUCGAGGAGCCCAAGAGUCUAGGCGCCAGUCGGCAGCUGUCGCAGUCGGAGGGCAGUAUCACGGAGACGCCGUUGUCGCCGCGCGCGCGCCCGCCGCGGCCCAUGGUGCCCGCGCCGCCGCCGCCCGUCGCCACGCCCGCCACGGCUGCAGCCACGCCUGCCGCGCCGCCCGCCGCGCCCGCCACGCCCGCCGCGCCGCCGCUCUCCCCGCCACACCACGAGAGUACAGACCUCUAGUCCGCCCCAACAGUCGCCAUACGCUGUGACUACGACGAUAUGGGAUCGUGCAUUUGAUUAUGGAAUUGAUUUUAACCAAAUUUAAGCCUUAAUUAACGAAGCUUUUAAUAUUUGAAGUCAUCAAUGCAAAUUUUGAAUACUUUUUAUUGAUUUUUUCUUAUAUUACUAAAUUUAAAGGUUAACGUGCAACUGCUACAUUUAGUGAACGCACGAAUAUAAACGAAGAUUUAAAUACAUGAUCAUAUUCCAUCGUGUUUCGUAAGCUCAUUGUUUGAGUAAUUAUUUGAUUUUUGUGAAUACCUUCAUUGGUCAUCUAAAAGCGACUAUAAAAUCGGCAUUUUAUAUUCCAGAAAAUUUUAAAACAACGAGGCAGGAAACUCGUUUUAUAUUCUCUGCAGUUCGUGUUUAAGUAUAUUGUGAAAUACAUAACAUUAAGAACACAUGUAAAGUGUCCGUUUAAGUGUAUUUAAAUCUUUGUACGCAGUAUUGGUAGGUAUAUAAAAGUAUAAACGGUCGCAAAAUGCUUUGCCGCUAAAAUUAAGACGAACGAUUUUAAAAAUCGCAGACUGAUGCCCUCUAUUUAGAAGUAAAUCAUAGGAAUCGGCUGAUAAUCGAGUAUUAUUAGUGCAAAUAGAAAUCAAUAGUGCAUAGUAUAUUUUGCAUGGGUCAAUUAUUUUUUUAAUCGUAUAUAGGUGAAUGCAUCACUGCCGGACUCAGAAUCCAUUGAUUAAACUAAAUGUACACUAUAGGAUGUCCUUUGUGGCCACUUAGAGUCCGGCAGUCAGUGAUUACUAUAAAGAUGUAUAUAAAUUUUUCAAGAUUUAAUUCAAAUAAGAAAUGUCACAGCAAAAGCUUUUGCAUUGCACUGAGUGGACGUGAGUAAAUCAGGUCUGAACCAGUUCAACAGAUCAGUUCACCAUUUUGACCCAUUGAUCUAUGGCUCAAUACUAUGUAUUAUAACUGGAAGCUGUAGAGCUGCAAACUGGCAGAUGACUCGCAACUCAAGCAAAUCAUACCUAUAUACAGGUAUGAAUGGAGUUGAUCUGUGAGCCGGUUCACUGAUCUGCUACAUCCAUGCGAACUGAGCUGCUCAGCUGGUGAGCCAUGUGUAGCACUGAGUGGUCAAUGAAUGGGGUGUUGUACAAUAUAGAGAUGUUACGAUAAUGCCUUGUGAUAUUAGGGAGAUCGAGUCCACGGAGGGGAUGCACAAAACGUAACGAGUUGUAUUAUGUGUAGCCAUAUUUUUAUGAUAUUUUAUAACUUGACAGUGCAUUAGUUAUUUUAGCCGCGCUAUUACAGUGACUAUAACUCUAGGCUAGUUUAUGUUAUGUAGUAUUUACGACGUUUAUGUGAUACGCAUUUUAUUAUAUACUGCAAGUAUACAAGCUUCUGUUGUAAGUAAUUAUAACGAUUAUAUUCCGA